GGUUUUUUUUUUUUUUUUCCUUUUCUCCCACAGGGUGAAAAACCAAAGAAAAGUGAAGUUAAAAUGCAAAUAAAACAGUACAGCUCAGGACAAGAUUGUUACUCAUUUGAGAGUGGACAAACUGUUCUCCCCCUUAGAUGUUAAAGCAGGUAUCCCUUCCAAUAGGUUUUGACUACAGUACCAUCCAGUACUGAUGUAUAACUAUGACAGCUCUUAACUUGUGGUUUUGAUUUUGACACUGAUAGUGUGUAGCUUUGAAGCAAAAGUGACCAAACUUCUGCUUCUGGUCCUACAGCUGAUUCAGGGAUUCUGGCAAAAGGACUCAGGGCCAGCCUGAAUUAAGAGAUGCAAAGUACUGAGUAGAACUUGGCCAGUUCAUGCCCAGGUUGCUGAGCUGCCUACUGGGUGUUACAUUGAUAAUUCUCAUUGCUGCUCAUGUGCCAUUUCAAAAAGAGACAUUUUGCCCUGAGGAGUGUAAUCAGACACAUUCUUUCCAGCUAACUUCACCUUUCUCUUUCCUCCUAUUUUAUUUUCUUGGUUAGCAGCUGUAAAAUAUACUGUGGUGAACAAAGAGUGGUAAUGUUGGUAAUCCAUAGUAUCUGUCUUAUGUUUGUUUAGUCAUAACUAGGGAAGGAGGGUAGGUGUGUGGGAGACACACAUUAGCAAUCUUUAUCAUUUGUUACAUAUGCUCUGCCAUCUGUUGGGUUUGUGGGCUCAUUCCUUUGCAGUACAUAUGUAGAAAGAUGGCCUGGGAGUUUUAAAGUAGAAAUAUGUAGCACUAUGAGAAGUGAGAUGUGUGGAUAUAACCCCCAGGGUUAUCAAAUACGAAGCCUUACAUAACUGGAAAGGUUAGAGGAGUUGCUGAACAAUACAAGCAUGAGUAGCUGGAGUGGUUGGUGCACUUUGAUGAUACAGCUUUAUAGUCUUACAGUGCUGGUUUUCUUUUCUUUUUUUUUCUUUUUGUUUUUUUUUUUUUUUUUUAAUUAGGUUUGGGAUCUAUAUAUAGCAUAGACUUGUCCUAAAAGCUGAAGGAAUACUUGAAUAUAACAGAAUAGGUGUGGCUUUUAUGAUCUUGCACUGAUGUAGUGCUGGAGUAAUUUCAGUCUGGGUGUGAGGGUUAUGGUUGGGGUUGGAGGACAUGCAGCAAAGAGUUUUUUUCAAGGAAAGCUGUGAAUGAGGUAGGAAUAGAGCCUACUGGAUUAUGACAUGUGCAGCCAUGGAGUAAAGGUGAAGUGGAGAAAUUAUGUGUAUGGGGUGAAGAAAUGAAGAAGCAAGAAAACAAGUGUAAUUGGUUGAAAUGGCAAUAAUUUGUAUAAAGUUAAUUGCAAACAAUCUUAGGGGCAGGAGAAUAAACCAAAGCAUUGAAAUUUCUUUUCAGAAUUUUGUCUUUCAUGUUCAAUUAGGAGAACAAAGUCAAAGUGUGUCUAGUUUGAGUAGACAGAAAUAGAAAAGAGAGACGAUGUAGAUGAAGAGAAGAUGGUGACUGGUGUUUUUUCUUAAAGUGUAGUAAGGGUGCCUUUGUGUGCCUUGUGAAAAUAAGGUGGCUGGAUGAUAAAAAUAGGCUAGGGAGAGAUGACCUCAGAGUCUGGGAAGCAAAAAAAAAAAAAAGUGAAAGGAGCUGACGCUGUUCUUGAAUGAGGACCACAGAAUGGAGGCGUUCACACUGGAGUUCCCAGUGUUUUCUCUCAGGUUUUAGCAGAUGAGGGGAUGUGAUUCCUGGAAUGUGCUUGGGCUCACAACUCAUUUUGAGAAGUUAGUAUACUGCAGGUCAGCGCAUAGCUAUGAAAAGGAAAAGAUGGGCUGAAGAAAGUGAUGGAUUUAAGUAGUACCUUUUGUUCAGGGAUAUACUCAGCUCUGUAUCUUCACAAAUUUCUUUUUAUAGAGUAAGAGAAGUCAAAGGCUGGGGAGAAUUUUGAAAAAUAUUCCAAUUUACCAAGAAAGCAGUGUAUGGAAAAGCUUUAGUUUCAAAUAUGCUUUUCCUUUUACUUUGGCUCUGUUCAGAUUUGGGUGUGCUGUAUUUUGACAGUGCUCCAGAACUUGUGCUGGAACUCUUUGUUUUCAGCAUCUGUUGUAACUUGCAAUUGAUUAUGUGCACAGUGGGCUUCAUUCCUCAGUUAUGAAGGAGAAGGAAUCCUGAUGCUGCUUCUCCCAUGGUUUAAUUGCCAGCAAAAUACUGGGCAGAGUUAACUGAGCAGAGGAAUGCAAAUGACAUUAAAGAUUGCUUUCUGAGCAUUAUGGAUCACGAUGGUUUUGCUGUCUUUUUGAUAGCUUAUGUUUAAGUAGGUUGCGUAACAACUGCGUGCCCAAAAGGGGACAUGGUGUGACUAUUGAUUUGCUCCCUAGCAGUGCUACUGGCAGAACUGUAAGCAGAGCUGUGGUUAGUUAGAUCUAUCUCUGUCUCCUUGCACAUUUCACUCGAAUGACUUUGUGGCUAAUUCUGCUGGAGCCUCAGGGAACUCAGCAAAUGCAUGUCAUAGAUGAGGAGUUGGCUUACAGCUCGGAUCGUGACUAAGAAUACAGCAAGCAGUUAGAUGAGAAGCAAGACUCAGACCCAGAUGAAAUUUGUGAUGCUUGAAGAGGCAUGGGCAAGAAACAGGCAAGAGCUGAGAGUACCUGGAAGUUACCCAGUAGAUUUCAUAGGCAGGGAGCUGUUUGUGUAAUCUUUGAUACAUAACCAAAAACGAAAUCUAUGUUGCUUCUUGAUAAACACCACCAAAAACCUCCCUCUGGAAAUCAGAGUCUUGCUGCUUCUCUCUACCAAGACAGAUGUUGUUUAUUUUUUAAAUUAGUUGUGGUUUUUGUUUUUGUUUUCUUUGUUGGUUGGUUUUUUUUGUGUGUCUAAUCACAAUAUGAAAGAAACUAGAGCAGUAGUGGAGGUCAAAACAAUUGUUUGAGAAUUAUAUUCUUCCUCACUUAAAUUGCUCCCUUUGAAACACUGAGAUUUAAGCCCUUGAAGUGAUCCCAAUAACUUAUUAUUCAGAAUGCAAUAGCCCUGGAAGAGAAAAUGGGAGACCAGCCUAGAACAACUACUUUAGUUCAUAGAUUUCAAGUCUUUGUAGCCCCUGGCACAAAACUAGAGAGUGGGCCCGCUACCCUGCAUUUCUGCAAUGACAUCCUUGUCCUGGCGAAAGACCUUCCUCCCAGUGUCAUGGGGCAGUGGAAGCUCUCGGAUCUGCGUCGCUAUGGGGCUGUCCCAAAUGGAUUCAUCUUUGAAGGGGGCACCAGGUGCGGCUUCUGGGCUGGUGUUUUUUUCCUCUCUUGUGCUGAAGGGGAGCAGAUCAGCUUUCUGUUCGACUGCAUCGUCCGCGGCAUCUCCCCGACCAAAGGCCCCUUUGGUGUGCGUCCGGUGCUCCCAGAUCCAAGUACAAACCCAGCCUAUUCAGAAGAAAGAUUGGCUCAUGAAGCUUUGCAAUUAGAGAAGCGCUUGAGCUUGCUGUCCCAUACAAGUCGUCAAGGUAGUGGAGGAGAUGACAGGAGUAUUUCAAGCUCGUCUUCGGAUACCAGCCACUCGGAUAUCAGUGUUGGGAGCAGGCUGACAGUGUGGCCUGAGCAAUCUUCAGCCAGCACCUCUCAGGAGAGCCAUGGGCUGGCAGCUGCAAAGGGCAUUCACCUGGGAGAAGAAAAGUCCCUUCCAGAGGGGGCACGUGGCACCACUAAACCCCCUCCGAAGCCGCUCCGAUCCAGACAGCUGCAGGAAAUCGGUCGUCAGAGCUCUUCUGACAGUGGAAUAGCUACUGGUAGUCACUCUUCCUACUCUGGGAGCUUCUCUUCCUAUGCUGGGAGCUUAGACAUUUGCCAUGGUGAUGAGUUUGGAUCAUUGCUAAGCUUGCCAUUGAACUUUCCUUCAGAUCAGAGUCUAUGUACUUGCCCUCACAGUGAGUCCCAGAGAGGUGUGGGAUCAGAGUAUCAGGUUCCCAGCUCUCUCAGACACGUUUAUGAUAUACCCAGGAGUGUGUUACAGGCAGCUUCUAAAGAAGUGCAGCUGAAGAGUGCAGAUUCCACGCUACCCAAGGACCAGGCCCUGCCAGCUCAAGGUGCCAGUGAGCCAAGACUGCUACUACCACACUUGGAAGCACAGAGGGGACAUGAGCACAGCCAGCACAGAGGGAGACCUUCAUCCUUACUCGCAGAAAGCAGCAAGGACUCAAGUGAUGAGACAUAUGCGGAUUUUGUUUCAAGGUGGUCAGACACAAAACCACAAGGACAGGUGUCAGACUCCAAAAGUAGUGAGCUGUCACCACCUGGUGGGGCCUCAGCUGACCCCUGUGACACAUGUAGCCCCCACCUUGGGAUGACAAGAGCUCUUUUUUCAUCUUGUCCAAUCUGUGGUGGACUAAAGGGAACAGCAGUAUUACAGUCUGGAGCCUUACCAGCUAUAUCAGGUAGUGCUUCUGUCAUGGCAGCUUCUGGGUCUUUGAAAGUGCAUAGAGGGCACAGUCUCCAAGCUGGUCCUAAAGGUGGGUAUGAGAUGCUAACACUUCCUUCAGAACCUGGAACUCCAACUAGUUCUGAGGAACCUGAAGGGGCUGUAGGUUAUUCAGCUGAUGUCCCUACACCAGAUCGACCCCAGAGUGAGACAGCCACUUAUGUUAAUAUUCCUGUCAGCCCUACUUCCAAAAAACAGCUUCACUACAUGGAACUGGAACUUCAAGAAUCUAGCACAAGCAUAAGAGGGAGUGGAUCGUCCCGGUAUGCCCAGAUUGACAUUGCAGCCACCGAGACCGCGCACAAGGUGGGCACGCAGCACGCGCAGUGCCGCGAGGAACGCCUGCAGGAGCUGGAGCAGAAGAAGAAAGGAGCUCAGCAGUGAUCUGUCUAGGAAAGAACUUUGUGCUCACCACAAAUUCAUACUCAUUCAUCUUCCAAAAGAUCCACAUUUAUUGUAAAAAAGCACUCACACAAAUCGCUGCCAAUGCUUCUUGCAGUUGUACCAGAUUCAUUCCGAUAUCUUGAUUCCUAAUUGGAAAGCUGGUAGCACGAGGGGUGUGUUUGGUCUUUCCUUUUAUUUUAAUUUGGUUGUAAAGUCCAGAUUUUUUGUCAUAUGCAAUGACAGAUGUAAGAUACCUUUUUCUAUAAUUCUAAAAUCACGGAGAACCUGGAACCAAUUUCAGUGUUUAUUAAAUGGUGGCAUUUUCUUUGAAAAUAAAGAACUUGAAUGUGUGUAGACAAAGGAAUGUGAGUGUGUGUGUGGUAGGUGUACACAUAUGUUUGCAUAUGUCGGUAUGUAAACAUUACUGAUAAAAUAUAUGUAUAUUUCUGAGUGUAUAAAAUAUGUAAAACCUCUAUUAAUAUAUUAAUGGACUCUUACAAAAGCAAGAAAGUUCAGUGCCUGCUCUUUUUGCAGGUUCGGUUUUGUUCAAUUUAUGUACAUGCUUAUUUAUGGACAUGCUCAAUUUUAACUAUGGAUAAUUCAGUUUUAUACCUCACCAAGUCCUGCAGCUUUGGCUAAAGUUUCUCAGAUGUAAAAGCUGUAGUGUCAGAGAUGCACAUGUGUCUGCAAACAGACAAGAGCACACAAACAAGUUAUUUAAUUAUGUCUAUAAACCACAGUAACAUGAAGCGGCAUUUCUGUUCUUAGAAACCCUUGGUCAUGGGGUAUUUCUGUUCUUAAAAAGCCUAGGUCAAACCAUGAGUUUGAUUUUGUAGUUGCUGAGUACCUGUAAUUCUUAGCAAUUUUCCUGGAGCUGAACAUACGUAUCACUUUGAAAAUCAGGUCUCAGUUUUCUCACACAGCACAUUUUAAAACCAAGUUAUUCGAAAGAAAAAUUCACUUUUCAAAAUGGAGUCUUUUAUGUCACAGAAACUAUUCCUAAUGUAAAACAAGCAUCCACCUUAAAUCUAAAACUUUAUUGAAAAAUUCUCUGCUGUCCCUAAGUAGCAUAAAACCAGUUCUGUGUAAGAGGAUGAUAUCUCCAGAGAUGCUACAGCCUUGAGGCACAACAGGAUGUUAUCUUGCAAAAUAGGGUUACCCAUGAGUCUGCCAUAUCUUGCUUUUGUACAGUGAGAUUUUAUGAUUCAAAAUUUAAUUUCCCAUGUUGUCUAUGUAAAUAUUUGUAUUCAUCCUCAUAUAAAAUACUCUUUAAAUAAAAUGUUAUAUAAAAUGUAUGGCAGUGAUGCUAGACUAACAAACAAAUGUACUUAAGAAGGAAAGAAUUUGUUUUCUGAUAACAUAUCAGCUUUGGCUUUCAGAAGUUGCCAAGAGUGAAAUCUUGGGUAUUAUGAUUUUUUGUUUGUGUCCUCUUAAGAUCCAAUAUUACAGCCAAAUUCUGUUUUCUAAAUAUGAUUAUAAUUUAUACUGGUGGGUGGAAGUUUUGUGCCAGUGAGGAUUUUACUAAGUGACUUAAAAUGAGAGGUGGGGUUUUGUUUCUGAGGCAGAAUUUAACCUACAAAUUUAUUUGAAUGUUGCCUCAAUAGUAAUGUAAAAUAGCAGAAAUCUCUCAAAUAAAAAAACCCAAAAAAACAACCAAAGCCAACAGUAGUUGAGAGUUAGCAAUUGCCAUUCUUAUGUGUCCUGUGUUCAGACGUAUUUUUUCUGUUGAUCCACCUAGCAUAUUUCCGGAGGGAAAAGAGAUCUUUCUUAUGAGAUUCUAAGUUUAAAAGAUUUUUCUUUGACAGUGGAGAGUGGUGAUCUGCUUUUUAAAUUUCAGUACAACUGGGAUGGCCUGGGCUUCCUGGGGCCAGGUUUAUCUGACUUCUUCAGUCAAGGAUCCUCCACUGGAGAACUUGCAAGGUUAAAUCUCUUCUUACGGGACUUCAUAUUUAGAAUGAGCACAGCUUGACUGAUGUAUUGAAAUGUGUUUUUUUCCCAUGACAAUAUAAAAUGAAACUAUAAUAUUUCUAUUGCAAAAAUCUGUUUACCAGGAAAAUAAACUACCCAAGGUCUCUAUGAA